AUGGCGGCAACUUCUGAUGAAAUCGUAUCUGUUCCAUCUCUUAUAUCAAAUAAUGGUAAUUCAUCUCAUACUAAUGGUAAUAAUGGUUUGACUGCAUCAGUCGAUCCAAUAGCUACGUUUGCUUGGGGUAAUUAUUUAAAAACAACUAAUUCACAUGCUGCUCCUGUUAGUUAUUUUCAUCAUGCACCAUUACACAAUAUGUGGGCACAAUUAACACCAGGAAUGAAAAUUGAAGUAAUUAAUACAGAUUGUGGUAGUAAUCCAAGUGAAAUCAAAGAGAAAGUGUUUUGGUUUGCAUUUAUCGUACGAGUAGAAGGUUAUUUAGCAUUAUUACGUUAUGAAGGAUGUGAAGAUGAUUCAUCAAUGGAUUUUUGGUAUAAUUUAUGUAAUAAAGAUGUUCAUUGUGUUGGUUGGUGUGGACAAAAUGGAGUUAAAUUAGCACCACCAAGAACUAUUGAACAUCGUCAAACUGAUUGGAAAACAUUUCUUAUUAAUAAACUUGUUGGAUCAAAAACAUUACCUGAUAAUUUUCGUCAAAAAAUACAAUUAUCACUUCGAUGUUCAUUUAAAAGAAAUAUGAUUGUUGAAGUUAUUGAUAAAUAUCGUGUAUCAAAUAUGCGCGUAGGAAAAAUAACAGAAGUGAUUGGUGGCCGAUUAAAAAUUAAUUACGAAAAUACUUCUGGUGAACAUUUUUGGGUACAUCAUACAUCGGAAUUAAUUCAUCCAGUAGGUUGGUCACAUAUGAUUGGACAUGAAUUAGAAGCAACUGAUGAAUAUAAAACUGAAGCAGCAAAAAUGGUGGAGAUGCAAACUUAUCCAAGUAAUGUUGCAACUGUCGAUCUUUUUCAUCAUGUUCAAAUACCUGCAUCAGAUGAUGAACAAUUUAAGGAAGGUCAGAAAUUAGAAGCAGUUGAUCCAUUAGAAAUGUCUCGUAUUUGUCCAGCAACUGUUGGUAAAGUACUUAAAGAUGGUUAUUUUAUGUUAUCCAUUGAUGGAUCCAAUGUUGAAGAUGGUUCUGAUUGGUUUUGUUAUCAUUUAAGUUCACGUUUGAUUUUUCCAAUUAAUUUCUGCAAACUUAAUAACAUUCCAUUAUCACCACCGAUUGGUUAUCAUGGUGAUUUUCAAUGGAAUAAAUAUUUACUUGAAACAAAUUCAGUAUAUGCACCACAAGAUCUUUUCCAAAUAAUUAAAAAAAAAACAAUCAAUCCAUUUUCUGUUGGAAUGAAAAUUGAAGCUGUUGAUAUGAUGGCACCGCAUUUAGUAUGUGUAGCUACAAUUGCUGAAGUAGCCGACAGUCUUAUUCGUAUUCGUUUCGAUGGAUGGGGUGAAGAUUUUGAACAAUGGAUUGAUUGUCAAUCCCCCAAUAUUUAUCCAAUUGGUUGGUGUGAACUUGUUGGUUAUAAAUUAGAACCACCGAAACAACCUGAACAAGAAAAUUCAGAAUCAGUAAAAACUCGUACAAAAAAAUCAACAAAUCGAAAGUCAAAUAAACGAAAACGACUUACAUAA